AUGAAAAGUUUAUUGGUGUUUUCUAGCUGCUUAUUAUUCAAUGCUUUCGUAUGUGAGGGAAUGAUCCGGAUCUUCCGUCCUUUCAAUCGUCAACAAAGCAAUGAAGGACUGGCAGGGCCUGCGAUAGGUAAUGCUGCUUGCGGCAAUGGCGCUGGCAGUCAGUGGAUUCGAGCGAGUCCGCCUUCAAAAUGGUUGUCGGAGUACGGAACGGACUACCUGCUUGUCUACCCGGGGAUGAAACUAACGUUCAUCUAUGACACACCUGUGUCUGGAACUAGCAUCCAUCAGCUUCAAUAUUGUAGUCCUCCGAGCAACUAUGUCGGUUCAGAACAAAUCGAUGAUGCUUGUUUCAAACCCAUGCAACGACACCCAGAGGAAGAUCAAACACCCUAUCUAGAAGAAUACCCAGACAUUGAUUUCUUCCUAGACCCUAGUUGCACUCUUAACUACGCAUUGGAUGAACCCGAAUACCGUAGCUCCUGGAUUGUUCCCAGGAGCUUACGCACGCAGUGGCCAGUUCUAUUCAGGUGGGUUGUACAACUCUCAUAUACCUCCUGCCCACAUCCGGCCGUUUGCCCUCCUACCAUUCCCGAUAAGAUCAAAAAUUGGGUGUAUAAGGAUGCUGACCUUGGUAUGGAAUGUCCGAUCGGGAUUGGCACUACCGCAGCAGCGAUUGACGGGUGCCCGAACGAAGAGCCGUGCAAGGCCAAUCAAUCGCAAGUAAAGUUAUGUCUGGAUGCGUACGCCAUCGACAUUGCGUCCCAAGGGGAGUGGCCUGCUGAUGCGGAUGGCAAUUCGAACGGCUCUGCAGCGAACCUGAACACCGAGGCUGUCCGAGUGGCUACUCCGUGUCCGACCAGCGCACGUGUUCGCACGCACGAAGUCGAGGUCCAAGUCGGGAAACCUCAGGUGGCAGAGACCCAGGUGGGUGAGUCCGAUGUGAGCGAGACGCGGGGGUACGACCGCGCAUUGGUGUGUGAGUUGGCGUCUCUGGAGAUGCGCGCGGCGUUGGUUAAUGCACCGCAUGCGGUCAAUUUCGAUAACUUGCAAAGGUACUUGACCCUCGCCUACUCGCCGGAGAGCGAGGACUACGCAUACCUGAGCAAGGAAGCCUAUUGGCUGCUGUAUCUCCUCAAUUCGGAUUUUUGUGAGAAUGCCGUCAACAGCGACGAACACGCCUGCGGCAAGUGGUGCACUGAAACGGUCGAGAGCAGCGGGUCCACGCUGGCGCAAAUGGUCCAGUACUGUGCCGCAGUGGGCGUGUCACAGGCAUCUGAUUGCCUUAGUGUUUAUGGCGCCAUUCUCGUCUGUUCCGCUCGCUGA